UCAUCUCCUUCACUCGCGAUAGAAGAAGCGUGGCUGGCUGACUGACUGAAUUUUUGGUUUCCGAAAAAAAGGAAUUGAUCAUAGAUUCGAAUCAAGAUGGCGACUCCACCGAUAACUAACAAUUCUCAGGUGUCUGUGCAUCGGCAUUAUCAACACGUCAUUGAUAGUGUGAUCCGCAAUAUGCCUGGGACUUUUUUGGACGCAGGGAUAGAUCAAAGCGUCCUUGUCAAUUUGGGUGUUCAGUGGCGAAAAAAUUUGGCCGAAAUGGGAACUGUGACGGAUUUCAAGGACAACAGGGUCAUAGAGGAUAGCGAAAUCCCAUCGACAUCAGCGGGGCCUUCGUCUUCAAUGAACGAUAUAGCGAAAGGGGAUGUUGUCUACAUCCUUCCACCCGCGCAGACUGUCGGUGUUCCUGUACUUAUCCAACCUGUCAGUGAGGAUGGGCCGAGUGUAACUGUCACGGUCCCGGUGGCAGCUCUACAUGGAGGAAUAUUACAGCAAAUCAUUUCCGUGCCCGGAAUGUUUGAAGUUUCGGGCGAGCAAGAUUUCACUACGGUCGUACAAGCCAGAGUGAAUGAAGAAUUGCGCAAGCGUGGGCUCCACAUUAUCGAAGGGCGAGUACCCAAGAAGAGCAGGGGGAUUGGACGUCGCGGUCGUGGAGGGAGUGGUGUUGCUAGAGGGAGAGGACGCGGCCGUGGUCGUGGUCGAUCUAGCAAAAUUGCUACCAGUGCCACUAGCGAUGAAGAUGAAAGCGAUGUGGAUGACGAAGAGGAAAUUGAGCAUAAGCCUGCUGGUCGUGGAGGAAGGGGCGGUGCUAGAGGGAGGAGCCGCGGUCGUGGUCAAGGUCGACCCAGCAAAAUUGAAACUCGAGACGCAAGCGACAAUGAAGACACGAGCGAUAAAGAAGAAAACGACAUUGAUGAUAAGCAAGAAAUUGAGCCUCCAAUUGGUCGUGGUCGUGGUGAAUCAAGCAAAAUUGCUACUCAUGACACAAGCGAUAAAGAAGAAGAUGACAUGGACGAUGAGCAAGAAAUUGUGCGUCAGGCUGGUCGUGGAGGAAAAGGUUCUGCUAGAGGGAGGGGACGCGGUCGCGGUCGUGGGCGAGGUCAAGGUCGACCUAGCAAGAUCGAAACUCUAGAGACAAGCGAUAAAGAGGAAGACGACAUGGAUGAUGAGCAAGAAACUGAGCUUAAGCCUGGUCGUGGAGGAAGGGGCGCUGCUAGAGGGAGGGGACGAGGUCGUGGUAAAUCUAGCAAAAUUGCUACUCGUGACACCAGCGAUGAAGAAGAAAACGACAAGGAUGAUGAGCAAGAAACUGAGCUUAAGCCUGGUCGUGGAGGGAGGGGACGCGGACGACGCGGUCGCGGCCGUGGUCGAUCUAGCAAAGUUGCUAUUCGCGCCACAAGCGACAAAGACGAAAGCGACGUGGAUGAUAAAGAGGAAAUUGAGGUUAAGCCUGGUCGUGGAGGGAGAGGACGCGCUCGAUCUAGCAGAAUUGCCACUCGUGACACCAGCGAUAAAGAAGAAAACGACAUGGAUAAUGAGCAAGAAACUGAGCUUCAGUCUGGUCAUGGAGGGAAGGGCGCUGCUAGAGGAGGGGGACGCGGUCGUGGUCGAUCUGGCAAAUUUGCUGCUCGCGCCACAAGCGACAAAGACGAAAGCGAUGUGGAUGAGCCACAGGAGAUCAAGUUUGAGCCUCGUCGUGGAGGGAGAGGUGCUAGAAGAGGGAGGGGGCGUGGCCGGAAACGUACUCUUGAGGAGGAGCAAAUCCCUCAGCUGGAUGGUGGGCUCGAUUCAGAGUCGGAUGAAGAAGACAUGGAUUGUAUCGAUGAAGAGGAAGAAGAACUUAACAAGGCUGCAAUGGAAUACCGUGCCUAUUUCGCCGAACAACGGGAAAAGAUGUAUACUCAGGAUAACUUGAUCAUUUGCCAGUAUGAAAAGAUCAUCCGGAAAGGAUACUCGUGGAAAUUCGUCGUCAAAGAUGGCAUCAUGAAGAUCAACGGAAAAGACUACGUCUUCGGUUUUGGAAAGGGCGAAACGGGCGAAGCUCCGGAAGUUAAACCGUAUGGAUGGGUUCCUCCAGGGUUCGAAAUUGUUCCCAAAGUGGAACUCUCGUCGGCAACCUUCCCAAUUGUGUUCGACAUUCCACCCCCCGGCGUUUCAAGUGUGACUUACCUUAUCUGAUCCCUUUAGUAGUCCUUUUUCUUUUAUAAUUUGUUACUGAUCCAUCUUGUUUACCGUUUUUGCCACUUUGUUUAACAAUUGACAGUAAUUAAUUAUAAACAAUGUAUUGUUGACCUUA